AUGGAGAAGAAUAGUGCCAAUGGCACUGCUGCUGUUUAUGGGUUCAUUGGGUUUGGAAGAAGAUACCCUUGCUUCCCACGUCACCUUUUUCUGACUUGGGUGUUGUUGGCUCUUCUAUUAUUAGUAUGGCCGUGCCAAGCAAGUUGGAAUCUCCAGUCGGUUUUGGCCUUUCAACGGACUCCAUACAGGUUGAGACCAGCACCGUCCAGAAUCAGCAAGGCCGUCUUUCCCACAACGUUUCGCAGCGCCUCGUUGGAUGUUGGCACUCCUACUAUGAAUCAUCCCAUCCCUGUUGGAACUGAUAAUAAACCUGCCAUCGCCGAGGCAUGGACCCGAGUGGGGAUUGACAUGGAGCAAAAUGACAAGGCAACUUUGGCCGUACUCCUGGAGAUUCGGGACACGUUGAAAGAGAAUUGGCAAGUACUCCAAGAGCAAGCCAUGAUUAAUCUGAACCAACAAAAUAAUGGUCGUCCAUCAUCGCCACCCAAGAAGCAGCAAGCAGUCGUCAUUCCACCACUCUUUGAUGCCACUCCCACGUAUGUCCAGAAAAUGAAUCAGCCGCAUCAACGAACAGACGACAACCCUCAAUCCACGGCAGAAGCACCAAUAGCAAAAGACAACCAGCAACUCCUCCAAAAUAUUGACGACCCACUGGACAUUGCCAAGGCGUGGCAAGAGGUCGACCGAGACCUGUCGGAUAACGACGAGAAAAUUAUUCAACAACUCCAUCAAAUGAGAGAAUCAUGGAGCAAACUUGUGGAGAUUGCAAAAGCCCUGGAUCAUGCGGAAGACAACGACAAUAAUGAAGUGGCAAUUGCAGAAUUGUACCAACUCCGAGACUCUUGCCAGCGAAUCGAGAUCGUUGCCACCACACAACAAGAAGAACCUCGGGCUGAAAGUGUGGCAUUUCCCUCAACAAGUCAAACACCUUUACAAGGAAACGAAAAGACUCUUCCUUUCACAGAGCCUUCCAGUUCAAAUAUGCAUAGUAACAAUGAUUAUGCCAGUCCGCCACCACAACCAUCUCUGCAUCAUGAAAUUUCGCUGAAACAACAACAGCUGAAACAACAACAACAAAAAGACGAACGUGAAGCCAAUGCAUGGAAUCGUGUAGAUGCCAAUAUGAUGGAGGGGGAUGCCAAAAUUCUCAAGGCUUUAAACGAAAUCAAAGGGUCCUUUCUGAAGAUGGCGGAUAAAGGCUUGACCUUUCCUACUACAAGUACACCAGCAACAGCAACAUCAACCGCAACCACAGCAGCAAUACAUACCCCCAGCACAACUGAUAUACAGCAAACGAUUGUGACGACCACCAACAAAGAGGCUACAAAGACACAACAAGACACAACCACAAAGGAACCAACCAUGCCAGAUAUUUCACUGCAGUCUACUACCAUACAGCCUGCUCCUCCUCUGGAUCCGUCUUACCAACAACUUGACGCUGCUUCUUUGUCGCCGGCUCCACCCAAGGAAUCCUUGGAUCCGUGGGAAAAUCAAGCGAAUCCCGCUGGUCCUCCAGAGCAAGCCGUGACAUCAAAAGCGCAAACUAGCCCCGCAACAGCAAUGUUUAGACCAACCAAAGAGUUUUGGGAAGCACUGACAACCUUUGAAGACAGAAUGGAAAACUACAAUUCAAAUCUACUGUCGGCAUUGAUCGAGAUACAGAACUCGUGCGAAGCUCUACUAGCCCAGCAAGACGAAAGAAUUAUGGUGGAAACAGCCAAAAAUGUUGGUGGUGUUUCCUUUGGUGGAAUGUCACCCCUUGACGACAACUUGGUUGGGGUCGAACCAGGGCCUACAUCAGAGCCAAUGGAGAGCAGCAUCAGUGGUACAAUUUCAGCCUCAUCACAAGCCCCAGUGGCCUCAUCACAAGCCCCAGUGGAAGCGUGGUUGGAAACGACAACAUUCCAGGAAGUGGAGGCUCCACAGCCAAUGGCUGAUACGUUCAUUGAGAAUUUUUACAACGAGGCCUGGCCCGAAAAGGAGGAGGUGGUUCCAAUGCCCACGCAACUAAUGGAGAUUGCUCCAACUCAACCUACAACUUUACAGGCCCAAGCCUCAGCUUCAAGGCCCAAACUUAGCUUGGAAGAGCUACUCUACGACCCUGACAAUUUAAUUGCUACCUUCCUUGUUUCUUCUGCAAUUGGCGUUGCGGUUCCCCUUCAGCUUUACCAUUCCAGCAUACCAGACAAUCUCCCUGCGGGCACGGCGAGACCGGAUUUGAUGGAUGUUCUGAACAGCAGAGCCAGAGAAGCUCAAGACCUGUUGGAAAGUAUGUCAGAUCGUGCCAAGAAAGAAUCUCCCUCUGUCAGAGCGCUUUUGGAGAGUCUCUCUGAAAAAGCCAGCAAUAUACAGCUCCCUGAUAAUUAUCAGCCAAUUUUGCGUACGCAGCAGGACUUGUUUGAAGAAUCACUUCGCGGGGCCAGCAGGGAAGCUGAGAGCUUCUGGGCCAGCUUCACGUCCAAGGCCAAAGAUGUAUCGGAUCCUAAAGCUCUUUGGGGUACACUUGCCGGAAAAUUUCGCAAUAACCCAGCACCGACAGUACCCGCUGAUGAUCCUCUCGGACUCGGCACUGGCCAGGUUGAAGCUGACGAAUCCGCGAUACCAGCUGUUGAAAAUGAAUUGAACGAUUCUCCCUCCUUGUCGGCGGACGAGAGUGCUUCUCCGCCUCUACAGACCCCCGACACAGGGCUAGAUCAGAUCAAGCAAGCCGAGGAAGUGUACCCGUCAACCCCGCUGCCUGAAUUGAAUCCCAAUAAGGCGGCACCGUCGGUAUUGUCGAAAGAGGACUCCAUUGUACCGGAACAGGAAUCCACGCCCAGCGCAGACGAACCGUCAAACCCAGGUGCCGUAGAAGCAUCCCCCGUGUGGUUCCCCGCCGCAGCAGAUGACGGUGCCCUUUCCACUUCUGCAUCUGCCACAAUAAAGAUGACACCCCCCAGACCACUGACGCAGCAGACACCAGAUCAUGACGGCACAGCACACCGGCACGCAGCAGAAGGGGAAAACGAACUGCCAAAUGAUGCGAUAAGGGCUUCUGGUUUCCAUUUUGGACAUGAUACAAGCAUUUUUUGA